UACACAACAAUGGCUUUGACAUGGAUUGACAAAUACAAGCUUAUUACCAGAAAUUUAGCAGAAUGGCUAGGAGAUGAGAAACUUAAGAAUAUCCUAAAGGAACGUGAUUUGAAGUUGUACUGGGGUACAGCUACAACAGGAAAGCCUCAUAUUGGCUAUUUUGUCCCUAUGUCUAAGAUAGCUGAUUUCUUACGGAGCCAAACCGAGGUGACAAUACUCUUUGCAGACCUUCAUGCAUACUUAGAUAAUAUGAAAGCACCGUGGGAGCUUCUACAGCUUCGUACUCAAUAUUAUGAGGCUAUAAUCAAAUCAAUGUUGAAGUCAAUCGAUGUACCAUUGGAUAAAUUAAAAUUUGUUAAAGGCACAGAUUAUCAGUUGUCCAAGGAAUAUACAUUAGACGUAUAUCGUUUGAGCUCAUUAGUGACAGAACAUGAUGCAAAAAAAGCAGGUGCUGAAGUCGUUAAGCAAGUCUCUAAUCCAUUGCUAUCGGGUCUUCUUUAUCCCGGUCUACAAGCACUCGAUGAGCAUCACUUAAAGGUGGAUGCGCAAUUUGGUGGUGUCGAUCAAAGAAAGAUCUUUACUUUCUCAGAGAAAUAUUUACCAAUGCUAGGUUAUGAAAAACAUAUUCAUCUGAUGAAUCCAAUGAUUCCUGGCCUAGUUGGUUCUAAAAUGUCUUCAUCUGAGGAAGAUUCCAAGAUUGAUUUAUUGGAUAAUCCUGUGACAGUAAAGAAGAAGCUGAAGAAAGCAUUUUGUGAACCUGGAAACAUCACAGAUAAUGGAAUUUUAGCAUUUUCCAAACACGUUAUAUUUCCAUUAUUUAAAGAUGGCGAAACUUUUAAUGUAUCAAGAACUGCACAAUUUGGUGGUGACGCAUCUUUUUCUAACUAUGAAGAUUUGGAAACCGCCUUUGCGAACCAAGAAAUACAUCCUGGUGACUUGAAAAAUGCUGCAGAAAUAUACAUCAAUAGACUUCUUGAUCCAAUAAGAAAAGAAUUUGAAGCAGAUUCAAAACUGAAAUCGCUUGCAAACAAAGCGUAUCCACAGAAACAAAAAACUGCGGAGGUGGUGGAAAUUACUCCCACAAGACUAGAUAUCCGAGUGGGCAAAAUAGUCGAAGUGAAGAAGCAUCCUGAUGCAGAUUCGCUAUAUGUUGAGAAAAUAGAUUUAGGCGAAUCAAACGGUCCACGUACUAUAGUCAGCGGAUUAGUUAAUUUUGUACCUAUCGACGAGAUGGAAAACAGGAUGGUUAUAGUUCUUGCAAAUCUAAAACCAGUAAAUCUCAAGGGAAUUUCAUCGUAUGGAAUGGUUCUCUGUGCUUCAGUUGAAGAACCAACUAGGCAAGUAGAACCUUUAAGGCCUCCUGCAGACAGUAAGCCUGGUGAUAAAAUUGUUGUCGAAGGAUACGAAGAUGGAGUUGCAGAUGAUGUGUUAAAUCCAAAGAAAAAAGUGUGGGAGAAAUUGCAGGUGGAUCUUAUGGUAAACGGAAAUGGCACAGCUUCUUGGAGUGGAAAUCUACUACUCACUUUAACUGGCGGCAAAAUAACAUGUGACACUCUAAGAAAUGUUCCGAUUAAAUAAUGCAUUUAUAUCUGACUUUAUUAUUCAUCAAAUAACUGUUCUU